CAAUCAGACCAGGGUACCCCGAGCCCAGCCAGCCAAUAGGGAUGGAAGCUGGAGUAUAAAUGCUCUGGUUCAUCACCUGGUAGAGUUGGGAAACCCUUACAUUUGGUGGAUAGGAUCUGAUCCCGGGAUCUGUUACAGCUUUCUUUUCUCCUAAGCAGACGGAGUAAGAAUCGCAGCCAUGGCGAAGAACUGUCAUAACGACUACAAGAUGAAGUUCUCCAAGGACGAGGAGUUCCCCGACCUGUCCCUGCACAACAACCACAUGGCCAAGGUGCUGACCAAGGAGAUCUAUGACAAGCUGAGGGGCAAGUCCACCCCCAGCGGCUUCACCGUGGAUGACGUCAUCCAGACCGGUGUGGACAACCCAGGUCACCCCUUCAUCAUGACCGUGGGCUGCGUUGCUGGUGAUGAGGAGUGCUACGAGGUCUUCAAGGAUCUGCUGGACCCCAUCAUCUCCGACCGUCACGGCGGAUACAAGCCCACCGACAAGCACAAGACCGACCUGGAGUUCGAGCACCUGAAGGGAGGUGAUGACCUGGACCCCAACUACGUGCUGUCCAGCCGUGUGCGUACCGGCCGCAGCAUCAAGGGAUUCACCCUGCCCCCCCACAACAGCCGUGGAGAGCGCAGAGCCAUUGAGAAGCUGUCCAUUGAGGCCCUGGCCAGUCUGGAUGGAGAGUUCAAGGGAAAGUACUACCCCCUGAACGGCAUGACCGACGCUGAGCAGGAUCAGCUGAUCAAUGAUCACUUCCUGUUCGACAAGCCCGUGUCCCCCCUGCUGACCUGCGCCGGAAUGGCCCGUGACUGGCCCGACGGCAGAGGCAUCUGGCACAACGACGACAAGACCUUCCUGGUCUGGGUGAACGAGGAGGAUCACCUGCGUGUCAUCUCCAUGCAGAAGGGAGGCAACAUGAAGGAGGUGUUCAGACGCUUCUGCGUCGGCCUGAAGAAGAUUGAGGCGAUCUUCAAGAAGCACAACCACGGCUUCAGCUGGAGCGAGCAUCUCGGCUACAUCCUGACCUGCCCCUCCAACCUGGGAACUGGCCUGCGCGGUGGCGUGCACGUCAAGCUUGCCAAGCUCUGCACACACGCCAAGUUCGAGGAGAUCCUGACCAGGCUGCGUCUGCAGAAGCGCGGCACAGGUGGUGUGGACACAGCCUCCGUGGGGGGUGUGUUCGACAUCUCCAACGCCGACCGUCUGGGCUCCUCUGAGGUGGAUCAGGUCCAGAUGGUGGUUGAUGGUGUCAAGCUGAUGGUUGAGAUGGAGAAGAAGCUGGAGAAGGGAGAGUCCAUCGAUGGCAUGAUCCCCGCCCAGAAGUAAAGUGGACAGACAACCAAGGAUUGAAUAACCGUCUGUGUUUGUUUUUUUUAUAUUAUAAAAAAAUGAACGGUAAUAUUGUAAAGUUAUUUUACUGGUUAAAGCCAACUGGCUACAUUCUACUUACUUUUUUCAUCACUCCUCUUUUCUUUCUUUCUUACCUCUGUUAAUCUCACUCAUCUUUCCCCCUCUCCUGCUUCUUCUUGCCAAGUUCCUGUAACUUUAAUCAUCUUCUCUGUAACAUCCUGGGAUCAACCCAUGCAUAGUCUGGUCGUGGCUAUGUAUGUGCACCAAAAGAAAAACAAAUUUUUUUUGGUUGUAAAAUAUAACUGGACAAUUAAACAAUGCCCCACGUAACAAUCAAA